CAAUCCCCUCAGGCUCGGUUGCGCCGGGGGCCGCAGGCCGGUUCCCGAGGUGGCCCAGGCGUCCACCCGCCGCCGGCGCCGCCCGGGCCGUCCCUCCCCGCCGCCCCCCGCCCUCCGCCUCCGCCUCCCCCCGCCCUCCGCCUCCCUGCCCCCUCCCCGCCCAGCAGCGGUCGCUUGGGCCCGGCUCUCGGUUAUAAGAUGGCGGCGCUGAGCGGCGGCGGCGGCGGCGGCGGCGGCGCGGAGCAGGGCCAAGCUCUGUUCAACGGGGACAUGGAGCCCGAGGCCGGCGCCGCGGCCUCUUCGGCUGCGGACCCUGCCAUUCCCGAGGAGGUAUGGAAUAUCAAACAAAUGAUUAAGUUGACACAAGAACAUAUAGAGGCCCUAUUGGACAAAUUUGGUGGGGAGCAUAAUCCACCUUCAAUCUAUCUGGAGGCCUAUGAAGAAUACACCAGCAAGCUAGAUGCCCUCCAACAAAGAGAACAGCAGUUAUUGGAAUCCCUGGGGAAUGGAACUGAUUUGUCUGUUUCUAGUUCUGCAUCAACGGACACCGUUACAUCUUCUUCCUCUUCUAGCCUUUCAGUGAUGCCUUCAUCUCUUUCAGUUUUUCAAAAUCCCACAGAUGUAUCACGGAGCAACCCUAAGUCACCACAAAAACCUAUUGUUAGAGUCUUCCUGCCCAAUAAACAGAGGACAGUGGUACCUGCAAGGUGUGGCGUUACAGUCCGGGACAGUCUAAAGAAAGCGCUGAUGAUGAGAGGUCUAAUCCCAGAGUGCUGCGCUGUUUACAGAAUUCAGGAUGGAGAGAAGAAACCAAUUGGCUGGGACACUGAUAUUUCCUGGCUUACAGGAGAGGAAUUGCAUGUAGAAGUGUUGGAGAAUGUUCCACUUACAACCCACAACUUUGUACGGAAAACUUUUUUCACCUUAGCAUUUUGUGACUUCUGUCGAAAGCUGCUUUUCCAGGGGUUCCGCUGUCAAACAUGUGGUUAUAAAUUUCACCAGCGUUGUAGUACAGAGGUUCCACUGAUGUGUGUUAAUUAUGAUCAACUUGAUUUGCUGUUUGUCUCCAAGUUCUUUGAACACCACCCAAUACCACAGGAGGAGGCCUCCUUAGCAGAGACUGCCCUUACGUCUGGAUCAUCCCCUUCUGCACCCCCCUCCGAUUCCCUUGGGCCCCAAAUUCUCACCAGUCCGUCUCCUUCAAAAUCCAUUCCAAUCCCACAGCCUUUCCGACCAGCAGAUGAAGAUCAUCGAAAUCAGUUUGGACAGAGAGACCGGUCCUCAUCAGCUCCAAAUGUGCAUAUAAACACAAUAGAACCCGUCAAUAUUGAUGACUUGAUUAGAGACCAAGGGUUUCGUAGUGAUGGAGCCCCUUUGAACCAGCUGAUGCGCUGUCUUCGGAAAUACCAAUCCCGGACUCCCAGUCCCCUCCUACAUUCUGUCCCCAGUGAAAUAGUGUUUGAUUUUGAGCCUGGCCCAGUGUUCAGAGGAUCCACCACAGGUUUGUCUGCCACGCCCCCUGCCUCAUUACCUGGCUCACUCACUAAUGUGAAAGCAUUACAGAAAUCUCCAGGACCUCAGCGAGAGAGGAAGUCAUCUUCAUCCUCAGAAGACAGGAAUCGAAUGAAAACACUUGGUAGACGGGAUUCAAGUGAUGAUUGGGAGAUUCCUGAUGGGCAGAUCACAGUGGGACAAAGAAUUGGAUCCGGGUCAUUUGGGACAGUCUACAAGGGAAAGUGGCAUGGUGAUGUGGCAGUGAAAAUGUUGAAUGUGACAGCACCCACACCUCAGCAGUUACAGGCCUUCAAAAAUGAAGUAGGAGUACUCAGGAAAACUCGACACGUGAAUAUCCUACUCUUCAUGGGUUAUUCAACAAAGCCACAACUGGCUAUUGUUACCCAGUGGUGUGAGGGCUCCAGCUUAUAUCAUCAUCUCCACAUCAUUGAGACCAAAUUCGAGAUGAUCAAACUUAUAGAUAUUGCACGGCAGACUGCACAGGGCAUGGAUUACUUACACGCCAAGUCAAUCAUCCACAGAGACCUCAAGAGUAAUAAUAUUUUUCUUCAUGAAGACCUCACAGUAAAAAUAGGUGAUUUUGGUCUAGCCACAGUGAAAUCUCGAUGGAGUGGGUCCCAUCAAUUUGAACAGUUGUCUGGAUCCAUUUUGUGGAUGGCGCCAGAAGUAAUCAGAAUGCAAGACAAAAACCCGUAUAGCUUUCAGUCAGACGUAUAUGCUUUUGGUAUUGUUCUGUAUGAAUUGAUGACUGGACAGUUACCUUAUUCAAACAUCAACAACAGGGACCAGAUAAUUUUUAUGGUGGGACGAGGAUAUCUAUCUCCAGAUCUCAGUAAGGUACGGAGUAACUGUCCAAAGGCCAUGAAGAGAUUAAUGGCAGAGUGCCUAAAAAAGAAGAGAGAUGAGAGACCACUCUUUCCCCAAGAAAGGUCCAGAAGAAAGUAUAGACUCUUUAACAGUGGUUACCCCUGGAAGAUUCUCGCCUCUAUUGAGCUGUUGGCCCGCUCAUUGCCAAAAAUUCACCGCAGUGCAUCAGAACCCUCCUUGAAUCGGGCUGGCUUCCAAACAGAGGAUUUUAGUCUAUAUGCUUGUGCUUCUCCAAAAACACCCAUCCAGGCAGGGGGAUAUGGAGAAUUUGCAGCCUUCAAGUAGCCACACCAUCAUGACAGCAUCUACUCUUAUUUCUUAAGUCUUGUGUUCGUACAGUUUGUUAACAUCAAAACACAGUUCUGUUCCUCAACUCUUUUUAAAGAUAAAAAAUUUUCAGUGCAUAAGCUGGUGUGGAACAGAAUGGAAUUUCCCAUCCAACAAAAGAGGGAAGAAUGUUUUAGGAGCCAGAAUUCUCUGCUGCCAGUGUUUCUCCUUCAACACAGAUACCACGUGCA